CAACACAACAAUAUACUCUUAUCUCUCUCUCAUUGCCAUUUUCUCUAACCCCUCAACCUCCAUCUUUUCUUCUCAAAUCAUGUCUCUAUCAUUUUCUACCAACCCAUCCUCCAACCGGAGCCUAAAACACUUCUCCGACGAGGCGGUCGCCAGAUCCAUCUAUACUAGACACCGUGAUGGCAAAAGAAUCAAGUUUGAUAUCGAUAAUUAUAUCGCACUGGUUGAUAGCAUCAUUACAACGGCAGAUCGAAUCACCAACGGUAACAAAGAAGGUUUGAAAUUCUCAGAUGAUUUCUUGAAUGUUGAUCCUCCCAUUUUUACUCUUAAUCAGAUAUCGACUGAGUUGACACGUAGAGCUCCAGGAAUAGAGAAAGCUCACCAAACAACACUAAACAUUCUUGAUAUAUUGGUAAGUUACCCAUGGGAGGCCAAAGCAGUGCUAACAUUGACUGCUUUUGCCACUGAAUAUGGAGACAUAUGGCACCUCAACCAUUACUCAUUGUUGGAUCCACUUGCAAACUCCUUGUCAAUGAUCAAAGGAGUCCCAUUCUUGAAGAAGCAAUUAAACUCCAUCAAAUAUCGACAAGUGCUUCUUUGCCCCAACAGUUUAAUCUAUAGUUGCUUACGAGCCAUCAAAUAUAUGAAUCAACUCAACAAACACUUCAAACAUGAUGUAAACGAACUUUCGGAGUUAUCCUCGGCCUUUUCUCGACAAAUUCCAUUGAUUUCUUAUUGGAUAAUACACAUUAUUGUUGCGGCUCAAUUCGAGAUCUCAAGUUAUUUGAAUUCUACCGAGGGUCAACCACAAAAUUACUUGGAUGAAUUAUCUGAAAAGAUCGAUUCAAUACUUCAUACGCUCGGAAGUUAUCUCAACAUUGUUUGAGAGGAACGAUGUUAGAGCUAAAUAAAAUUACUCAACCGUCUAAAUUUUUGUUCUAACAUUUGCUGCAUCUAGAAAGAAGGGACAAAAGAAAAUAUUGGUCUGUUUCUUUUCCAUCCUAGUUCGUAGAAUAUGAACUUUGUAAUAUGAAAAUUGCAGUAGAAGGUCGAGUUAAUGCCUUGUGUG